GAGAAAAUGGCAUCGCACAAGAUAAUACAGAACCUGGCAGAACCAAUAGAAGAAGAGAUGAGUUAGAGAUGAACUGGAGAGAAGAUUACCCAACGAUUGGAGAGAUAGAGCCUCGAACCGAUGGACAAUAG